AUGAACGGGGAAGACUAUUGUAAGGUGUUCUCGAUUUCGGUGUACGGCGAUCACACACCGUUACUGGAUUCGGUUGCGGAUAGUCCUCAAAUUAGAGAAUUUAGCCUCAGAGACUCUGCCGGGGUUGACACAUUUGAGUUUUCUAAGCAGAAGCAGUUCAAGUUUUUACGGGGGAAAUUUAACCCGCAUGUGAUAAUUGUGGCUCGGGUUUCAGAGACUGAAACCCGCCACUCGACCCGCCGAAGUCGGGUUUCAGAGAAUAGGAACCGUCACCGACCGCCGGAGGUGUCGGAUUUGGCCGUGAUGGGUCAGAUUGUGUAUGAUGCUACUGUGAUGGUGAGUUUCAAUAAAGCAGAGAUGUGGCUGGAAGAGAAUGCCAUUCCUGGCAAUGGUAGAGCGCGCAUGCUUCUAGUUGGUAAUGACCAUAAUUUGGACGACAAUGAUGACAACAAGGUCGUAAACACAGACACGGGGAAGGAGCUUGCAAGAAGGUUUAAGAUCUCCUUCAUAGAGACAAGUGCUGAAAACCCAGCCACAUUGGAGCAAGCUCUCAGAAACAUGACUGAACUCAUCGAGUCCUCCAAGAUCUACAAAGCUGGGGCUAUUCAGAUGGAGGGGUAG